AUCCUCGCCGGCAGUCCUCCCCGCACUGCUCUUUAUUUUGUCUCGGGAAGGCGAAGGCGCUGCGAGGAGAAGUGCACCCACGUACCUCCCGGGGUGAACGCGACUUCCCAGCGCACGCAGGCACCACUGCCACUUCCCCCCGGCCCUUGUCGUCUGCUGAUUUCGGCUGCCUGCAGUGCUGCUUGGUGGGCCGCCAAGGCGCUGGUCUGUGGAGCUGGGCUCCUGUCCAGCGCGUGCGGAAUCUCCUCUGACGCACACUCAGAGGCUGCUCACAGAAUCACAGAACGGUUGAGGUUGGAAGGGACCUCUGAAGGUGAAUCAUUGUGGAGUCUGUGCUCAUUUUUAAGACCUGCAACGGUGGCUUCCGUUGACUAUCUGGAAGUGCCUUUGGACCUUUGCCACAGGAAAGCUCAAAGAGAAAGAGUUGUACUACAGUCAAGCUUUGAGCUGGGUACUUGUUGGGAAAGUUUCCGUGAUGCAGAGAGAGUGAGGCCUCAACUGCGACUCAAGAUAACCGGGGCAGAGCUGGAUGAAAGGAAUGACCUGAGAAGGCCGGUGUGUGGAGAGAUGGUUGAGCUGCAGGCCUGCCCCCUGGUGAACUUGCCUGUCUGUGGGACCGAUGGGAACACCUACGCCAAUGAGUGCUUGCUCUGUGUGCAGAAAAUGAAAACCAGGCAAGACAUCCGGAUUUUGAAUGAUGGGGAGUGCAGAGAUGUCUGAGCUUUCUGGUGGCUUUCCUGAGCCUGGAAACAGGUGAUUAAUUGAUCCUGUGUGCUCUGUGCAUAUUGAACAUUUCAGUCAGUGAUGGCGAAUAAUAAAAUUACAUG